UAAAAAAUACAAGUACCAUAAACAUUUUACUACUGUAGUUUAUUGGUUGCACGUAAUCCUUAUUUACAAUUUCUCAAAAACAUCAUUUGUGUUCGGUUCUUAGUUCAUAGUCGAAACAUACGUAAAUUAUGUAAAAGUUUUAUGUCUAGUUGAAGGCAGCGACUCGGUCGCUAUGUGAGCGUGUUAUGAGUGAAAGGUUCUGAAAUGUCGUGGGGGUAAUUUGGACAAUUAGGCUGUAAUCAUUCAAAACAAUGGUUCCUGCACCGAGCUGCCCCAAUACCUGGGACUAUUGGACGACGUCCCCGUCCUAUAUCGUGGAUUUAACAUGUCUGCUGCCCAACUCUGUUUACAUUCCUAUUACACCAAAUUGGGACGCAACACUGCACGACGUGAAGGAGGAGCUAUGGAUGAAAGCAGCGAGAUAUCCCUUAUUUGGGAUGCUGCACGAGAUGUCAGACUAUGUGUUCCAAUUCAUAAACUCGUUGGCGGUUCUCGAGGAGGUAAACGACGAGAACAAACGCCUCCGAGACAUCAAACCCACCUUUGGGGUGCUCAAGAUUGUGGAACGGUCUAUGAGGCCUGGGGAACAGUUCCUUAAUAUGCAAAUAAGUCAUUUAAUUGGAAAAGGUCUGAACGAGUUCGACAACCUCCGAAGUUCAGAAGUGAACGACUUCCGAACCCGAACCCGGUACAUAGCUGAGGAGAGUCUCGUGAAGCGAGCCAGAGCGACCCCAUUAGAGAGGCUUCGGUACCAAUGUCCACCGAGAUUAGCCAAGAGUCAUAUCGUGCAUCGGACGUUGCAGAGUCAUCUUAGUAGCAACAGCUUCUUUUUGAGCACCACCGUCGUUGAUAUAGACUUCGCCACCACGACUCACGCGCCAGCGAUGUCCACGCCCAAACAGCACAUAGAAUACAUUCUACACAAAAAGGUCAAAGAGUACUCCAUGCGGCACUCCAGUCAAGACAAGCACAAGUACGUGCUGAAAGUGGCCGGGCGCGAGGAAUACCUAUUAGGAGACCACCCGCUGAUACAGUUUCUGUAUAUACAGGAGACGCUGUUGAGAGACGAAGUGCCGCAUGUGAUGAUUGUGAAUAUAGACAAGCUGUCGCUGUCCGUCGGCGAUUCCCGGUACCUAGUUGAAUCAAGAGGGAGGCUGGCCUCCGAGCCUCCUACGGGCACUAUGCGGAGGAUACGUCAAGAAGAGUACCUCUCCUCAUGGAGCGUAGAACAGAACUACACAUGCACCGUGCAAAGCGUUGGGGGUCUCAACGUGGACACCAACAAACUUGUCGAGGUGGUCUGCCAAGCCGGUAUCUUCCACGGCGGCAAGCCCAUCUGCGAACCUCAGAAGACCACAAUGGCGCCCGUAUCGAACGAGGGCGUAGCGCGCUGGGACCAAGCUCUCACGUUCCCGAUCAAAGUGCUAAACAUUCCGCGCAUGGCGAGGCUGUGCUUCGUCAUAUACUCCACCUCCGAGGUCUACAAGAGUAAUAAGAGCAAGAAGGGGAAGAAGGACACCACUAAAGACGACAUAAACAAAUUAGCGUGGGCGAACACGAUGAUAUUCGACUACAAGAACCUUCUCCGGACGGACGGCGUUACGCUAUUCAUGUGGACGUACGUCGCCGACGAAACACAAGACGAGAUGCUCCUACAUCCGCUCGGUACCGUCGUGUCCAAUCCCAGUACGGACUCGUGCGCGGCGCUGCAAGUGCGCUUUUCAGACUACGAAUGUCCCUACCAAAUAAUGUUCCCGUCGCCCGACGCAGUGCGAGAACGCGCCGAGUUUCCCGAGAACGGCUCGCCAGAGGUGGUGGCGCGGUUAGCGCGAGAUUUAGACUCGCCGCUGUACAAGGACCCGCUGUACGAGAUGCACGAACUCGAGAAGAAGGACAUCUGGGCAUCCAGAAAACACUUCCGCGACGCAGCACCGCAGCUACUAUCCAAGCUACUCGCCUGCGUGGAGUGGGGCGAGCAAGCCGACUCGGCCAGCGUCGCGCACAUGAUGUCGGAGUGGCCCAUGCUGCCGGUCGAGUCCGCGCUCGAGCUGCUCGACUACGCGUACGCCGACGCGGCCGUCAGGAGCUUCGCCGUCAAGUGCCUCGCCAAGAUCACGGACGAAGAACUCCUCCUCUACCUGUUACAACUCGUGCAAGCGUUGAAACACGAGUCGUACCUGAUGUGCGACCUGGCUCUGUUCCUCCUACAGCGCGCCUUCAACAACAUGACCAUCGGACAUUUCCUCUUCUGGCAUUUGAGGUCGGAAAUGCACGUGUCAUCGGUAUCAAUACGAUUCGGAUUGGUAUUGGAAGCGUACUGCCGCGGCAGCCAAGACCACGUGGACACUUUACUACGACAGAUCAGCUGUUUGGACAAACUUAAGUGGCUGAACAAUAUGGUGCGCAAGCGCAACAAAGAGAGCAUAAACAAAGCGCGAGCCGCCAUACUGUCGCUGCUGCAAGAGGACCACUGCCGCGAGACGCUGUGCAACUUCGUGUCGCCGCUCAACCCCAGCUUCGUGUGCAAAUCUGUCAGACCGGAGAAGUGCAAAGUGAUGGACAGCAAGAUGCGCCCCCUGCAGCUUGAGUUCGAGAACAUCGAGUCCUGCGGGCCGGAUAUCCGGAUCAUACUCAAGAUCGGCGACGACCUGCGGCAGGACAUGUUCACGCUGCAGAUGCUCAGGAUCAUGGACAGUCUGUGGAAGAACGAGGGAUACGAUUUCCGAUUGAACCCCUACAACUGCAUAUCGUUGGACAACGCGGUCGGCAUGAUCGAGGUGGUAGACGAGGCGGAGACUGUCGCCAACAUCCAGAAGGCGAAAGCCAAUUUCAACGUUGCCUCGACCAUAUCCAAGGCCAAUCUGUUCCAAUGGCUCCGCGAUUACAACCAAUCAGAAUCUAGCUUCAACAAAGCAGUGGAAGAGUUUACGAUGAGCUGUGCGGGCUACUGCGUCGCCACGUACGUCAUGGGCAUCGCCGACCGACAUCCAGACAACAUCAUGGUCAAAAAAAACGGACAGCUAUUCCACAUAGACUUCGGGCACUUCCUCGGGCACUUCAAGCAGAAGUUCGGUUUCAAGCGCGAGCGCGUGCCGUUCGUCCUGACGCACGACUUCAUCCACGUCGUCAACAAGGGCGAGCGCGGCGCCGGCGUCAACGAGCCGCUGCACUUCAAGAUAUUCCGGGAACACUGCGAAACGGCCUUCAAGAUCCUUCGGCGGCACGGGCACCUGAUCCUGUCCCUGUUCUCCAUGAUGAUCUCCACGGGCCUGCCGGAGCUCAAGUCGGAGAAGGAUCUGCAGUAUCUACGAGAUACACUUGUACUAGACUUAUCAGAAGAAAAAGCACUCGAGCACUUCCGGCUCAAGUUCACCGAGGCCGUCAAAAACACCUGGAUGACGUCCUUCAACUGGGCCUUCCACAACUUCGACAAGAACAACUGACAGCGGCCCGGCCACCGGCGGCGGCCGCCGUCCAAGUACUCCCCGCAGACGCUGUAACCAGCCGCUAGGGAUAUCCAAAUAAGGUUCAAUUUGCUGGGAGGAUUGAGUGCGCAUACGACCUUUUUAUACGGAGAUAUGUACCGCUAUACGUGCGUUGAAAUUGCAACUCUGUAAAUAAAGGUUUUAGGUUCAAAUUCCCAGAAAGAAACUUAUCACGGUUUUUUGUGUAGCGGCAAUGGAUCUGUUUCCUUUUAAAGGUUAUAGAAGGGAAGCUAGAAAGCCGGAAAUGUAGAAAAUCAAUAAAGAGGCUUAGGAGGAAGUCGAGCAAGGAAUACCAUUGUAUGUAUUCAUUUGUAUACUUACUACACUUUAUAGUAGAAAUUGCUACAUGCGUGUUCAAUUCUCCACAGUAACCAGUUAAAGAGCACAAUGUUCGCCGCAGUCAUAUUUAAGUGCGAGAGAAGAGGAUAUAUUAGAUAAAUAUUCAACGUUUAGGAUUCGGGCUGGUUGCGUUUUUUGCGUUAAUAGCGAAAUUAUAUGGGUGCGAGGGAAAGUAGACUUUAUUUUAAUUGUAAUUAACGUUAUAAUCGAUGGACUGGAACUGCGGCGAGCAUAUCUUUAAUAUAGUCUGUUACAUGUUUUGUUACGUUUUCGAAACGACAACGAUUGUAUCAAAAUAUUGCAUUUUUUUAAAGGCCAAGAUGUAUGCUUGAAUUGAAGUUCAUCACAAUUUCGAUAACGUAACAAAAGUAUAUUAUGUAGUUAUAGGAGCAGAGGAGCCCAAAAAUUCGCUUAAUCGACCCACCGAGUGUCGAGUCGGCAGGUCGCAGCGGUCAAUAGGCUGUGAUAACGACGCGAGAUCAGGAGACGGUUGAAGGCCUGUUCACAUCGGAUGCGUGCACGUAGACUUGCAGGUGCGCGUUGUAAUAUACAGAUCCUUAUAAAAGACGGCACACCGCUUGCGUGACUGGUGCGUUUAGCAAACGCGCACGUGCACUGCUAUGCACACGCGGCCGGUGUGCUCUGGCCUUAACUAGUGAUGAUUGUGUUUAGAGUUAGUGUUAGUAGUUGAUGUGGCAAAUGUAGGCAAAUGCGGCGGGCACCCGACACCGCUCGGUUUCUAUUUAGGUCAAAUAUCAGAUUAAACUUUUAGGUUUAGGAAUUUGGAUCAAAAUUUAGUGUUUCAUGUAGUUUAUACGUGUUUGUGUACUCUAGUGAAAUGUUUUUAUAAAAGGAAGGGAAGUAUGGCGAUGUACGGACCGCCGCGACCGGGCUCCUCUCGUUGUAUAUUGUUACGCCAUUAACUAUAUAAAUCAUGCAUUAUAGACGUAAUUUUUGCACCUACUAGCUUUUUUAAAUGUCCCUGACUAAUACAGGGUGAUCGCACUGAUCGCAAUCUUCUCAGUUGAGGCUUAGCGGUGUUCGCACCCUGUAUAUUUUCAAAGGGGAUUUAUCAUAGUUUUAGCAGUAUUAUAUCGAUCAUAAUGUAAGUAUCGAUUUAGGGUGAGAAGCUAUUUUUAAGUUUUUUAUAACAUCAGGCUACCUCAUGGUGUGGUGUACUAACGCGAACUCACUAAUCACUCGCAUUAUUUCAAUUGUCUUAGUUCGCCCCCGACAUAUGUAUUAUUUUAUGGUCACUUCACUCUAAGACUCUAUUAUAACUUUAAGGGUCGGUCGCACCAAACCAGUCACCGUCAAAACGUUCCCAAAAUUUUAUUGUAUGAGAAGUUUCGUAGUAUAGUUUUUUGCUGAGUGACGUUGAUCAGUCCGUCGAUUGUGGUUGGUGCUACUGGACCAUAGUGAAAUGACAGUGUAUUUUUUAUUUAAUAUCCUUUCAAGGGGCAAUGUCAUUCUUUAGUAGUUGGAAUUUCGAUUUUACCUCAAUUAAUCAAAUUUAAAAUAUAAAUGACUUAAUCGACCACGAGCCGGCGGCCUGCCACUUGAAGGGCUGGUUAGACUACCAGAGUUGUUGCGAUGACAAGGAUGUAUAAAACAUCAACACAGUUAACUGACAAAUCUAAACCUUAUUGCAAAUAUAUAAGGUCCACCGUACAUACCCUUUGAUCGCCAAAGACGUCAACUGCAUGCGCGCAUGCAGCCCAAUAUCAACCUUCGUGCAUUGCGACAAGGCUCACAAUGACACACCGCGCAAGAUAGGCGUGGCGUUAACCUCGUAAAGCUCUGGUUUCCUAGGAAAGCGGUGCCGUCAUAUAGCGGCCGUAAUAUUACGGACGCAAAAAGACUGCCGUCUUUACGGUGACGACAUGUGGAAAGUUCCACGGCCGUAUAACACACCGUCGGCCACCAAUAAUUUAUUCAAAUCUCGUGGUACACACACAUUUGAAAUUUCGUCGUCCUCGCUGCUCCAGUUGGAGUUGGAACUCAUUUCGCACGUCGUUCCGGUCAAAAAGACCCCAAUACCUAUAAUAUAAUUAUAGAAAUGGCUUCAUCGCUGUCCAAAAAACGUUCACGAACCUAUCGACACCGUAAAGACGGCCGUCAUGGCGGCACCGCUUUUUGACGUGUGUUAAUCACCGCCCUCUAGGAAACCGCGCCAUUUGGUUUACAUAGACAACGUUCUAGUGACGUCAUUCACUGCUGUAUUACGGCCGCUAUAUGACGGAUGAAGGCACCGCUUUGCUAGCAAACCAGAGUUUAAGGCAUACGGUCCGGUUCUAUAUAGCACUUAUUAAGUUCGAUGAAAUUUAAAUAAUUUUCAAUUGGAGUGCAUUUGCUUCGUUUCGUUCAUUUCACCCAAACCAUAAAGACUAUUUCUUACAAGGUUAAAAUUUUGGAUUUGUUCCUUGUAUGGCUGGGCUUUAGGUGGAAGUGUUACCGUUAGUAUUAGUGCUAUCCUUGUCGUUGCUUACCUUUUGUCAGAAUGUUAUAAGCGGUUGAUUCACUAUACCUGGCAUCCGUUUAUAAAAUGAAAUUGAAUGAAAACAAUGUGAAUGAAUGGUACCUACUUGGUAUUCACAGUUAUAGAUGUCAUUAGUUCAUUCAUUCAAUUCAAGCCAGUUUGGUACAUGAAACUGUAUGAGAAAAACUAUCUUUGCUUUGUUGACGAUUGAUUGUUAUCUAAACAUAAUUUUUAGCCGCUUUGAGCUUAUUAUAGCUCUUUCGGGUUUAGUCCAGUUUUAUAGACAAAAAUAGUCUCACUGCUACGUAAUUCUCAACGCUUAUAGUAGUUAUAGUCAAAAGAGAUAUACCAAUCGAAACCAGUGACUCUUAGAAGGUGACUUAUUAACAAAUUCUACAUACGAAUCUUAACUGGUAGUGUGACCAGCUAGCUCAACUUAGAUCACUAAAAUAAAGAAAUUUAGCACUGAAUGGGACGCCUCAGUUUACUAAACGUCGAUUACUGAUACGAAUAUGCCUUACCGAUAUACAGUCAAACCUGGAUAAUUGGGAAAACUUUAAUAAGUGGCCGGUCUCGGUCCCUUAGCACCAAAAUACCUCUAUUACUGAAUUUAUGGAACCUCUUUAACACAAAAUUGCCGAUCGCUUAAGAUUUAAACUAUCCAGGUUUCACUGUACUUUAGAUUUAAGUUAUUACAACACUUAGCAAAUUAGCGUUAAUUAUCUACGUCAGUGUAUUUAAUUGAUGGAUUCGCCGAAUAAUCACAUCGGGUUUGGCAAUUGUGUAUCAAUUAAUGGUUCAAAAAAGCUACCGCAUUUAUUGUGUCUUAAGGAAAAGUUUUUUUGAUUAAUGUAGUUGUAUUAGCUGAAAUAUUGUUUAGGCGGGAUGCCCUAUAUUGAUUUUAGGGGCUUAUAUCAAAUUAAAUAUGAAUUUGAUAAUAUUAGAAGUUUGGCAACGUAAUAAUUCUAAUAUUAUUAGGUAAUAUUAUUAGAACUGGUUUAAAUAAAUUUAUUCAAAGUAAAAAUCGGUCGACUGCAAAAAGAAUUUACUGUUUUCAUAUGUUCAAUGUCAUUGCUUAUUGUGAACCAAACGAUAAAAGACAGUAGACGCAUUCAAUAUUACCUCAAUUUAAUGAUAACAUAUCAAUCAGCGUUUUUAGAUUAGUACAUGGUAAAAGCACUUGUUUGCCGACAUCCUAUUGUCGUUAAUCAGCGGUGUAUAGUCACAAGAAUAGUGUUUAACUGAGUAAGGACUUCAUUUUGAACGCCAUAUACGUCCGGUUUGUGCUAUUCGCCAAAUGUUUUGUUAGAGAGCAAAUUAAACCUUAGUUCAUAUUAAAUCACAUUUACAAUCGGGUCUAUCGCGAAUUUAUGUUAACUGGUUUAAUCCACUGGUCGUGGUCGCGGCUAACUGACGUCCCAGCAAAAUGUCAAUACCCGACGAAAUGUGUAUGAAAAAGUGCGACCAGCAGUAGUGUGUACGACCAGUGAAACCUGUGUCGAAACGUCGGUAAAUAAAGGUAACAAAAUAAAUUCGCGAUAGACCCGAUUGUAAAUAUGAAUUAAUAUGUAUUCAAAACGCGAAAGUUUUAAAUGUUAUACUCGUAUAAACCUUAGUGGUAAGUAAUUCAAAGAGUGUUGGUUGUUUGGACAAUGUAAACGUUGAUAAUUAUAUUUUUUGUUGGUGUACUAAUAGAUGUCCAUGGCGUUCUAUUAGAGUCUAAUUUGGUCUUCAUAAUAACCUCAAUUAUUCUAUACAGCACAGUAUAAUAAUGUAUUAAUAAUUUCAAUCGAAUUCACUAAAUUAUGAAAAUAAUUUGCAGUGACUAAUAAUGUUAUAUAUUAUAAUAUGAUUAUGAGUUGUUUGCGGUAAAGCCGCCGCUAUAGACACCGCCUGGCGUCUAAAGGAACGUGUAAUGAGAACGAUGCGGUUGUGGUUUUACUAGAUCAGUAAACCUUACGGUACUAAAGGAGUACCUACCGAUCAUAUAAGCUCUCAGACUUGCGCUUUUUUGCGUGUAUAACAGCAAUGUAUACGAUGAAUGUCAAAUGUUAAUCGCAUGACAGACAUGAUGUAGCAAAAAUUAAAAUUGGAAUGUCCAUAGGUUUUGUGUUAGAGUUGACGCGCUCGUAAGUAUCUAACUAAUCCCCUCAUUAGAUCGGGCGAACACCAAAACUAUCAAAAGUACGCAAACCUUUGCCAAAAAUGUUGAUAGGUACGCGCAAAUAACGCUAGUCUGAAAGGCUUUUAGCCGGCAUUUCGGGAUGCACUUACGAUUUUAGUCCUAUAUUCGAGUUGAAAAUACAAUUAAGCUCAAAAUAUCUACCGUAGCGUAUAUAGUAGUCCAUUGAACUGCCAUUUAGCAUCGCAUAGUCUGAGAGCAUUCAUGUAGAAAUAAUAGUAGCAGUAAGUUGGUCCUCUGACUAAACAAACUGUCGCGUUAAGCAUAUGUACCCGACAUAGGUAUUUGUAUUUGAGAAUUCGUUCAAUUGUGUAACUUAAUGUUUAAUAUUAAGAUAUAUAAUUGAGUGACUUUUCAAAUACCUAUUGAUACGCGAGAUGCAAAUCACAGGUUUCAUAAUCUGACACUGACUGCAGUAAUUUUACGAAUAUGUUAUAAUAUUAAUGUUGAACAUAUUUUUGAGUGGCGUCGUAGCGAGUUACGUUUUAUUCCUAGUUUAGUUAGAUUGUGAGUUUGCUCUGCAUAAUAUACCAAGUAUUGACACUGAAACAUCACAGUUUACUUGUCACGACUAGCCGAGUACGUAUUCAAAGAACAUAGGAUAAAAUAUGAUAUAAUUUAUAGCAUAUGUACGAAUGACUAAGACUUGAAUUUUUGUAAUUUGUAACAUGAUAUGUAUUUGAAUCGAUCACAAUUGUGUUACCGGUUUUUUCGUGAAUGUAAACUAAUCUUGUUAGAAUAUAUAGAAUUCAAAAGUCAGACGAAGCCACCGCGUACUUCCGCAAUACCAUUACCUUCCGUAUCUUUCAAUAUAAGAGCAUUCAUGCUAUAUUUUAUAAUUGAUAUUUAACUCUCGAUACGCCACCGUAAGCCUAUUUACCGCUAAUAAAUAAAUAAGCAAUAAUUAUAGUGAUAUGAACAAAAACUCCAAUUCGAACUAGCCUACUCGCCAGAUAUAGACACUAAACCAUAGUAUUAGAUUAGACUAUACAUACCAUAGUAUCUACACCCGAUUACAUAUAUAGCAUUAAUAAAUAAUUCCAUGAAUUUAUAGUAUAAUCUUAAAAUGUUACGAAUAAUGCACGUCUUGAGAUUAUUGGAUGACGGCAGUCAUAUAGUUACAAUAGCUUAGACGGUUCCGAAUUGUAUCACAGUCGGUUUAGCCAUAUGCCUAGCCUAGAUAUUAACAGACUCAAAAUAUAACCCGGAAUGCUUCCUAUGUAGUGCUAAAUAUCUCAUACGUUUACCUAUAGUUUUAAUACGAUUACAGGCAUGAGUUUAGUUUGUGCAAUGUAAAUAAUACCGUUAUUUUAUUUAUAAAUAUGAUUAAGCAUGGUCGAGAUAGCUUUCGUACGGGUUAUUGUGAAACUUGGCGGCGGAGCGGGGAAGGCGCAGUAAUCUAGCAAAUUGUCUACGGUGUAGAUUCAGAAUUCUAAAUAGUACUGAAUAAUUAUUGUAGCGAUAUAUACAGGGUUUAAAAUUCAGUCGAGACUAAUCAUACUCUAUGGUUUUAAGUUUAUAAAACCCUCCCCGCUCCGCGUCACGUUUAAAGUAACGAUGACUACGAAAUGUCGAGACUGGGAGAGAAAUCCCAAGGGUUAUUCAUAGUAAGUAAUUCACCAAAUAAUAUUAUAAAUGAGUGAAUAAAUGUAUGUUAACGCAAUGUCAUUGUGAAUUACCUAGCCAGUAAGUUAACAAUAUAAAGAGGAGUAUGUUAGCCAUAUUGCUAAAGCAUAUUAUUGUUAAGGUUCAUGAAACAUCUCAAGUCUACAUACAAUAGUUCCUUUGUCAUGUGUCAUUUAUAAUCAUACGAGUAACGCAGAAAAUAAAAAGAUAUUCAUAAAAAUAUUGUAUAAAAUAAUGUACCGAUUAAUUAUUUGCUAUCUCAAAUAUGAUUUUUCUUGAAUAAACAUUUACAUACGAGA